ACAAGGAAGACAGUGAAGACAGGAAAGACAGUGAAGACAGGGAAGAUAGUGAGGACAGUGAAGACAGGGAAGACAGGGAAGACAGGGAAGACAGGGAAGACAGGGAAGACAGAGAAGACAGGGAAGACAGAGAAGACAGGGAAGACAGGGAAGACAGGGAAGACAGAGAAGACAGGGAAGACAGAGAAGACAGGGAAGACAGGGAAGACAGAGAAGACAGGGAAGACAGAGAAGACAGGGAAGACAUGGAAGACAGGGAAGACAGAGAAGACAGGGAAGACAGAGAAGACAGGGAAGACAGAGAAGACAGGGAAGACAGGGAAGACAGGGAAGACAGGGAAGACAGAGAAGACAGAGAAGACAGGGAAGACAGGGAAGACAGGGAAGACAGAGAAGACAGGGAAGACAGAGAAGACAGGGAAGACAGAGAAGACAGGGAAGACAGAGAAGACAGGGAAGAUAGAGAAGACAGAGAAGACAGAGAAGACAGGGAAGACAGAGAAGACAAGGAAGACAGGGAAGACAGGGAAGACAGGGAAGACAGGAAAUACAGAGAAGAAAGGGAAGACAGAGAAGACAGGGAAGACAGAGAAGACAGAGAAGACAGGGAAGACAGUGAAGACAGGGAAGACAGUGAAGACAGGGAAGACACAGAAGACAGGGAAGACAGAGAAGACAGGGAAGACAGGAAAGAUAGCGAAGACAGGGAAGACAGAGAAGAUAGGGAAGACAUCGAAGACAGCGAGGAUACUAAAGAUGUGUAUGACAGAGUAGACAGGGAAGACAGUAUAGAUAGUGAAAACUGUUUAGACCGUCAAGUAUAG